AGUAACGACGAUGUCAGACGGCGACAAAAAGGCGGAGAAGCCAACGACCCUGAUGGAUGCCCUCCACCAGGCUAAUCAGAACUCAGCUAGGAAUAUUGAGUACGUCCAGGAGUUCACGCUCAAGAGAAUGUUCAAACUCGCCUCUCUUGUAGCACUCACUGCUUACUUACUAGCAUUCCAAUCCUACCUCAUCAAAUCAUCCCUCAAUCCCGUCUUCGGUGCCUUCAACACUGAAAUUCCCCAUAGAGUACUCACCGGUGUCUUAUCUGUCCUCCCCUUGCCAUUGGCUAUGCAGAAGGACAACUUACGCGGUAUCAGAAACACUAUCAAGCCAUUCGCCGUUGUUCUCAUUUGCGCACUCUCGAAUCCAUUCACUGUUCGCAUCAUUGCCGAGAAGUCAUCAGAAUAUGGCAUCGUCUGGGGCCCUAGAGUAGCCUGGGCCGUAUUGCAAGCUCCUGCAUGGAUUUUCGCUGUCACAAACCUUUACGAACACCUACUCAAAUUGUGUCCAGAAGCUCUUCAAUAUGGUUUGCCUUUACUUGGUUCAUUUACUAUCCCUAGUGUUGAAGCUAGUCUCACUAGAAUGCUCACACGUGGUUUCCUCAGUUCUUACAUGCCAUCAGAUCCAACUGCUUUCUUGAAGUUGAUUUCUCUCCCAGCUGCUCUCAUUUCAGUCGUUAUCGCACUCGGUAUGGGUAAGGCAGAAAAAGACAGCAUCUUUACUAGCAGCAAGUCACGUAACUUACUUGUCAUUCCUGUUAUUCUCGUCGCUUUAACCCUCGCCAACUUUGCACCAAGAGAGGCGGUCCCUGGUCACCCUAUCCUCGACAGAACACAAUCAGUUACUGGUCAAAUCAUCGUUGGUGAAGAUCUCAACCAAGGUUUCAGAUAUAUGCGCGCAGAUCAUAGCUUAUUGGGUGGUUUAUGGGUUGGCCCAUCGAAGGAUGCUUUACUCAACCAAUACGGACAGGAUGCCGACUUGAACGAUGAACUCGUUGUAAAGAACAGUGAGAGCAUCUACACUACUUUCCUCCUCCAGGAAGCUGUCAGACUUGUAGAAAGACCACAAUCUGAUCUCGAUGAGAAGGCACUCAUUAUUGGUUUGGGUAUUGGUGUCACCGCUAGUGCUUUCGACAAACACGGUAUUGAACUCUCCGUCGCUGAAAUUGACCCAGCUGUUUACAAAUACGCAGUCGAUUACUUUGGCGCACCGGAACCAGCUCAUCUUAAGUUAACUGACGCUCGCCGUGCAGUCAUCGACUGGAUUAUCGAUAUGGAAGGCGAAAAGGAUAAAUUCGAUUAUGUCAUUCACGAUGUCUUCACCGGUGGUGGUGUACCAGGUCGCUUGUUUACCACCGAAACAUGGGAACAAAUUAAGUACGGUAUGAAAGAAUCUGGUGUUUUGGCAGUCAACUUCGCUGGUAUCGCCUCUUCUGAGGCCUCAAAGAUGGUCAUCGGUACACUUCUCAACAACUUCCCUCAAUGUAGAGCCUUCUCUGAUCGUCAAGUACCAGAAUCAGCUGAGGAGUUCAUCAACAUGGUCAUCUUCUGUACUAAGUUUGACACACCUCAAUUGGACUUUAGACCAGCUACUAGUCAGGAUACUUUGAAUUCGAUCCUCCGCACGAGAGUAUUGACUGGUUUCUUGAACCACGAAAUUGACUUGUCUGAAUACAAGGGAACAAAUGAACACCUCCUCUGGGAUUCAAAUGCUAAGAAGUUAAACAGCGUUCAGCAAAAUUCAGCAAUGCAUCACUGGGAUGUCAUGAGACAAGUUCUACCAAACCAAGCAUGGGUCUCUGCGAUUUAGUUUAAUAUAGAAAUUAAUGUAAUGAAUCCUUUUUAAUUUUGAUCUAUU